AUGUCUUCUGACCUGUUCCCCUUGGACAACUCUGUUUUCUUCCAACCCUUCUCUCCUUUCACCCAAAACUUACAAGAAAUCCAUGACAGCAUCAAUGUCUUGAUUCAAGAAAACAACACCUCUCAGUUCCAGAGCUCAUCACUAUCCCACUUGGGGAAAACAGACUGCUUUUCUGCUUACUCCCAUUCAUUUCUGCCCCACACUUUUGAUCAAGUUCAUGAAACUGCACUCAACUUCAGGCAGCAGCAGUGUUACUCUUACAGCAGCAAUGAUCAGAAUUUCUCGUCUCGUCGUUUUAGUAGAGUUUCGGAGACUCAGAAUUCAGACAACCAUGUCCUGAGUUCAGCAGAAGACAGCUUCUCAAUGAAAGGGAUUUGCACCACUGGAGACUUGCAAAAGGGGAGAACAUGCGUGCAAACGAAUAACGUGUCGUCUACAAGUCCGUUAUCUACUGACGAGUCAUUCAUGGAGGAGACGAAUUUUAAGGCAUGUCGAUACAGCGCAGAAGAGAGAAAAGAGAGGAUCGACAGGUACAGAGCCAAGAGGAACCAGAGAAACUUCAACAAGACAAUUAAGUAUGCAUGUCGGAAAACACUGGCCGACAGUCGGCCAAGAAUACGUGGCAGAUUUGCACGUAACGAUGAGGCCCGAAAGAUUCUGAAAGCACCAACUUUGCAGAGAUGUGAGGAGGAAGAUGAUGCUUGGAUCGAUGGAUUUUACAACGAAGACGGGGAAGGGAUUGCAGGAAGAGGGUCGUUUUUCGACAGUUUUGCUUCGGAACAUUAG